AUGGGUCCAAAACAAAAAGGCGGCAGCGGCGGAGGAGGAGGAGGGGCAUCUAAACAUAAAGGAAACACGGCGGAAGAAGUCGAGGAGACCCUUCAGGCUGUUGUGUUUGCAGAUACUUUUGAGACGAGAUUCGAGCCUUUCACCUUGGAAAAGCCUAGGUGUUUGCUGCCGCUGGCUAAUACGCCCUUGAUCGAGUACACGCUAGAGUUCCUCGCCAAUGCGGGCGUGCAGGAUGUCUUCCUCUAUGGCGGAGCGCACUCUAACAUACUGGAGAAACAUAUCAGUACCUCAAGAUGGAAGGCACCGUCAUCACCAUUCAAGAAACUCACAUUUCUCAAAUCCACAUCAACUUCUGUUGGAGACGUCAUGCGCGACCUAGACGGCAAACACCUCAUAACAGGCGACUUUAUCGCAGUCAGUGGAGACGUCAUCAGCAAUUUCCCUAUCGACGAGGUACUCGCGAAACACAAGGCGCGGCGCCAAACAGACCGAAACGCCAUCAUGACAAUGGUCCUUCGCGAAGCCGGUGCGCAGCAUCGGACUAAAUCAUCUUCCAUCUCGCCGGUGUUUGUGGUUGAUCCCACUAAAGACCGCUGUCUGCACUACGAGGAGAUUGACCAUCAUCAUCAUGACACGUCGUUGUCGCCGCCGGCCCGGCUGACUAUUGAUACUGAGAUCCUUACGUCGCAGGCUGAGCUUGAUAUUCGCCAAGAUUUGAUAGAUUGUAAUAUUGAUAUUUGUACGCCAGAUGUGCUUAGUCUGUGGUCGGAUAGUUUCGAUUACCAAGCUCCGCGCAAACACUUUCUGUACGGUGUCUUGAAGGACUACGAAUUGAACGGCAAGACGAUUCAUACGCACAUUAUCAAGGAGCACUAUGCCGCUCGGGUGAGGAACUUGAAAGCUUACGAUGCUGUCACAAAGGAUAUUAUAUCGCGGUGGACAUACCCCCUGUGUCCAGACACGAAUUUACUUCCUGGCCAUACAUACGAGCUGAGACGAGGCAGUAUAUAUCAAGAACAGGGUGUUAUACUCGCUCGGUCGUGCAUAGUUGGACGGCGAACAGUGAUUGGUCAGGGGACCAGUAUUGGAGACAGAACGACAGUUACGAACUCGGUGUUGGGAAGGAAUUGCAAAAUAGGCAAGAAUGUGGUCCUUGACGGGGCAUAUAUCUGGGAUGGAGCCGUUAUUGGCGACAAUACCGAGGUUCGCCAGGCGAUUGUGGCGGAGGGAGUUGUCGUGGGCGACAACUGUAAGGUUGAGCCUAAUGUCUUGCUGUCUUUUGGCGUGAAGAUUUCCAACGGAGUUACCGUGGGCGAGGGUACGAGGGUUACGGUUGCAGCGCGCGAGGAUGGCUCUGUGCCUGCGAAUGAAGAGAAAAUUGUUGGUGCGCAGGGCCGGGGAUAUGAGUAUGUCCUUGAAGAAGAGGAUGAGGAGGACGAGGAGGAUGACCGCAGUGAGGCCUCUGGUUUGGUCUACAACAUGGCUAAACUGUCUCUUUCUACCGAUUCCAUCUCCACACUGUCUAGCGAGAUAUCAGCCGACGACGACUACUCCCAUGGACAACGAAGUGACAGCUUUGGGACAUUGGUUUCCGAAGACGAGGACCAUGACCACUUCCAACACGACGCAUCGAAUAACCUGUAUGACAGCAUACGCGACGGGGUCUCGGCCGACGUGGUGGCACUCGAGCUGGUCAGUCUCCGUAUGAGCGCCAACGCAUCAGAUUACCAAGUACGGCGCGCGGUAGCGUCGUCGUUUAUGAAACGCAUCUCGCAAUUAGUGACGGAGGCAGGAAAGGGGGCAGGAGACGCCGUGCACGAGGUGUUCAGUCGGUACAAGGACGUCGUUGAGCGCAGUCUGUUUGACAAGAACAAGGAGCAGAAAACAGACCAAAUCGAUCUGUUACUGCAGAUUCAGCAGGACCUGGUCCAUCGGGCCAAGGGGGAUACGAUCCUGCUUUUCACGGCAAAGGAACUGUAUGACCUCGAUAUCAUUGAAGAGGAGGCGUUUGAGGGGUGGUGGGCGGAUGAGCGCUCGAGUAGCACGGAGGAGAUGAAGAAGGUGCGUGCUCAAACGCAGCAGUUUGUGGACUGGUUGGCAAAUGCGUCAGAGGAGGAUGACGAUGACGAUGACGACGACGACGACGAUGAGGAUGGCAGUGAAGACGAGGACGAGGAGAACAACGACGACGACGACAACAACAACAACUACAACCACAGAUCGGCAAGCGCCGCAAAACAUCACAAGGCGCUGCCGCUGGAACGGAGCGUCCAAGGAAAACGCCAGCCAUCGCCAGCACCCGGGACACGGAAGGCUGAAGUAGAUAAAGACCUUGCCCCCCUCUCGCUCAGUAAACAGGGGGCAAGCAUCGUGACUCCUACAACUACCACGCGAAGCAUGGAUUCCGACGACGAUUUCAUGACGGAUGUCUCCAGUCGAGAGGAGGACUUUCUCGACACGCAGGAUAGCGAUGACGAGAGUUUAGGCGAAGACUUUGGCGACGAGUUCGACAACGGGUUCUCCUACGACAAAGAUCUUGUGCAAAAGACAAAGAAGCCGUACGAGGUGGAUUUCACAGUACUCAGCCCGGCCGAUAUCGACCGCGAACAAAACUAUCAGAUAACAGAAGUCUCGUCGGUCCUUGGAUUGCCCCCAGAGUCGUCUGGAAUUUUACUACGGUUUGCUCGAUGGAAUAGGGAAAAGUUAAUAGAGUCAUACAUGGACCGGUCGGAAGAACUAUUAGAAGAGGCCGGGCUGGGACACAGCUUUGACGUGAAUCCUCGGACAGACACGGUUCCUGGAUUCAUGUGCUCGAUUUGCUGCGAGGACGACGAAGAUUUAGAGACAUAUGCGAUGCGAUGCGGCCACCGGUUCUGCGUUGAUUGUUUUAGACAUUAUCUUGAACAGAAAAUCAAGGAAGAGGGUGAAGCGGCGAGGAUUCAGUGUCCUCAGGAUCAUUGCCAUCGGAUUGUGGAUUCAAAGUCGUUGAAUUUAUUGGUGUCUGACGACCUCAAAUAUAGAUAUAAAACGUUACUAACUCGAACAUAUGUCGACGAUAAAGACAACCUUAAAUGGUGUCCCGCGCCGAACUGCGAGUUCGCGAUAGAUUGCGGAGUCAAAGCUAGGGAUCUAAACAAGAUUGUGCCUACAGUGCAUUGUUCAUGCAAGCAUAGUUUCUGUUUCGGAUGCGGCCUCAAUGAUCACCAGCCGCCGCCUUGUUCGUUAGUCAAGAUGUGGCUGAAGAAAUGCGAGGACGACUCCGAGACGGCAAAUUGGAUUUCGGCUAAUACGAAAGAAUGCCCCAAAUGCCUGUCGACAAUUGAAAAAAACGGUGGCUGCAAUCAUAUGACCUGCCGCAAAUGCAAAUACGAGUUCUGCUGGAUGUGCAUGGGACUCUGGUCUGAGCAUGGAACCAGCUGGUAUAACUGCAAUCGAUACACGGAAAAGUCGGGAUCGGAGGCUCGCGAUGCGCAGGCAAGAUCGCGGGCGUCUCUAGAACGGUAUCUGCAUUAUUACAACCGCUACGCCAACCACGAGCAGUCGGCCAAACUCGACAAGGACCUGUACCUCAAGACGGAAAAGAAGAUGACCAGCCUUCAGUCGCAGUCAGGCAUGUCGUGGAUUGAAGUGCAGUUCCUGGACACAGCGUCGCAGGCGCUGCAGCAAUGCCGCCAGACGCUCAAAUGGACGUACGCGUUUGCGUACUACCUGGCGCGGAACAAUCUCACGGAGAUUUUUGAGGACAACCAGAAGGAUCUGGAGAUGGCGGUUGAGAGUCUGAGCGAGAUGUUCGAGAAGCCGAUUGCAGAGCUUGCGGAGCUCAAAGUCGACAUUCUCGAUAAGACGGCGUACUGCAAUAAACGACGGGUGAUUCUGCUGAGCGAUACAGCGGAGAACCUGAAGCAACCCCACGAUUCAAGCCAGUUUGUGUUUGUUCCUGUCUGCUCCAGCAAUCAUGUGUGA